UGCUCAAUGUUAGUUAUACAUGUUUUCCAUUAGAGAAAAAAAUGUGUUAAAAACACAACUUUCAUUUGAGUACCUUUGAUCUCUGUAACUGCUUAAAAUAAGAAGGAAUGAUAAAUUACUAUAAAAACUUUAAACAAAAGUAGAAGAAGUAGAAGUUAUUCCAUCCAAAAAAGAUAGAACCAUAACUACAAAGCAUAAACAAAUACGCACGAGCAUAAAUGAUCUAAAAAUAACAAUGAAAAUAGAUCUGGGUCCAGUAGGAUUAAUCUCUUACUAGAAGACCAAUGCAAACCCCACACCCGCGCGCACACGCACGCAGAGAUCCCAGUUGCGUCUAAUCGGAUUAGGUGGCUGUGGGUUAACACACUGGGUUCUCUCUCCGCCCUUCAUGGGAAUGUGCGCGCAGAGCUGCUUUUACUUUCUGCUUCGGAACCUGUUCAAGUUUCCAGUUUUUUAAUCAGAUAUUGAAACAAAGUUACGGACUAAAAGAGGUUUUUAUUUUCAGAACUUCCUCUGGAGCUGCAUGGCCGCAUGGGCGCAAACUCUGGAGAUGACCGACGGUCAGACUUUUACGCGCAACAGUUUCACUUCUAAAACCCUUUGACAGCCACCUAAAACCGAUGAUUGUGAGUGUUUACUGUCUUCUCUAAGCAAUGUGAGGGAUUUUUGUUUGCUUUGUUUCCUUGUUGAAGUGAUAGUCAGUCACAUGCGCGCGCCAAACACUCUCCCCAGAGGACAGUGCCCUGGGUUAGGGGGUUAGAUGGUGCUGAUCACGGACGAAAGGGAUGGAGGAGGCGCCUCAUCGGUCCGCGUCAAGCAGCUCCAGCUGCAGAGAAAAGCCGGAGGAAACACCGGACAAAUCCACCCAACUAUAGCCGAGGAGCCUCUGUCCACUUCCGAGGAGAACUACCUGAGCGCGUACGAGGAGGAUGGAGACAGCGAGGAGGACAGCGACGAGUUCGAGGAAGUUGACUUUGAGGACUUGGAUGACUGUCGGAGCAUCGCCUCGGAUGACUCCUUCUACCCUCCGGAUGAUGCGUUCGCGGACUCGGAGCGCAGUCCGUCUCCGGAGAGCCCGGAGCCGCUGACCCUGUUCCGGGCGUGCUGCAGCAACAACGCGGCGAUCGUCCGGAUCAUGAUACGGCACGGAGUGACCAAGGAGGAGGUCAAGGAAACAGACAGGAACAACAGGACAGGACUUUUGAUAGCGUGUUACCAAGGAUUUGUGGACGUUGUGGUAGCUCUGUCUCAGUGUCCAUACCUGGAUGUCAACUGGCAGGACAGCGAGGGAAACACCGCCCUGAUCACCGCCGCACAAGCAGGCCACAUAACAAUCACCAACUAUCUGCUCAACUACUACUCUGGGUUGGACAUAGAGAGAAGAAACUGCCAUGGCUUCACCCCUCUGAUGAAAGCUGCCAUGCAGGGCAGGCUGGAAUGUGUGCGCGCACUGAUGCUGGCAGGAGCUUCCUUGGAUGCAAGGGAUUUUGGUCGCAACCUGACUGCCAGAGAAUGGGCCAUGUUCACGGGACGCUACGAAACGGCUUGGAUGAUGAUGCGUCUGAUGGAGCGCCCAUGCCCGUACCAGUUCUGUGACACCUACAGUUUGGAGUGGCCUCCGCUGGCUUCUCUUGCGAUCAAAGCUCAGGAGCCCCGUGGUUGCCUGAAGCGCCUGUCAGACACGGUGCGCAACAUCUUCAACAUUGCAAAUGUCACCAAUCCAGAGGACGAAGGUGUGAUUGAUCACAUGGUGACCGUUACAACUGCCAUGAGGAGCCCUUUUAUUGCAGUAGCGUGUCGCUCUGUGUGUCCCGACAGUCCUCCCAGUGUGGGGAAACGUCGCUACGCAGUUCCAGAGAUUCUCCGGCAGCAGCGGGCCAAGGAGCUCCGCUCCACCAACCCAGACAGAGUGGACAGCCACCUCAAACUCUUCCAAAACUCGCGGGUCACUCUGGUGGCCAGAAGUGCAGAUGACCGCCGAGCCAGCCUUCAAGUUCAGAGAUUGGUGCCUCGACAUAGGAGUUCCAGUCUUGGAAUGGUAGCCUACAACCAAGCCCUGGAGCUCAGGAGAACCAGCCUGUUACCCAUGCACAUGAUGUUGAGGCGGAGUAGCGUCAGACCGGGCCUCAGCAUCCCCAAAGUAAGGGUGUCCAAGGCCCCCACACUCACGACCGAACCCAUGAACAUGCGGAGGAAGAGCAGUGCCAGAGAAGGAGGGGUGGAGCUGCUGCAACUCCCAAAGUGGCGGUACAAGGAGCUGAAAGAGGAGAGACGGAAAGCAGAGGAGGCUGAGAGGCGGAAGCUGGAGGCUGCAACCAGGAGACACAUCGCUGUCGGAAAGAGGAAAUAGUUCAGUCAUCUCAGGGAACUUUUUGUCCUUUAACCCACAAAGUGACAGAACAUUGACAAGCCAUAAAGCCCGAGUGGAUUGACUGUACAGUAUGGAUUCUGUGCUCAGGAUGCAUUUUGAAUCACCCACAAUGUGUGUUAGACCAUCUCUGAGUGACUUCCACAGCAUUAGUGCUCGCUGCUCAGCAUCCUUUUUAAUGUCAGUGAAUACCCAAAAGAUUUUAUACUUGAAAUGUUAUAUAUUAUUUUUAAUAUUUAUUGCUUUUUAACAAAAGGCAGACAAUGCAAUUUAUUGGGGAAACUUACUCUCACAGAAAAGCUUUUUCAUAUUUUGCUUGAUUCAGAACAUUUUAGGUGAAUUUAUAAAUUGGCUUAAAUACCAAAUAUGUGAGUACUGACAUUUACAAUACAUUUAUUUUUAUUAUGCUUUUUGUUUAGAAAAAUGAUUUGGAAAUGUCUGAAUGUAUUUUGCAUAAACAUGUAUUAAUUUAUAGAAAUAUUAAUGCUUUUUACUUUUUUUAAACUAAAUAAUGCUGUUUAUGUCCAAAACAAAUGUGCUUCCAACAAAUGUUUACAUAAAAAAAUUCUUAUAAUGCAAAUCCAAAUGAUAGAAACUAACAGUUAUGCAAUGAGUUUAAUGCACAAUUUGUGUGUGUUUUUGUGUCACCAGCAAUAAAAUCUUUAAAUUAACAAAAAAAA